AUGACCUCUACAGAUGAUUAUUUAUUAUCACCUGAUCUUUUCUUUGGUGAACAAGAUCAACAAAACUUUGCUCAAUUAUUCAACGAUAGUACCUUUCCAUCACCUGCUCUAACAAACAGUGAAUCCUUACCAUCUCCUACUACUUCUUUGGAUUCUUUCAUGUCACCUGUUGCUAACCCUUUGGACAAACAAACUUUGGCUGCUCUAUUAUUAUCAACAACGACAGCAACGACUCAACCUGAACAACAACAACAACAGGGUCAAGAAUUAGACCUGAAUCAAUUUGUGACUUUUGAAGAAGAUACUACAGUUUCUUGUUUGGAUUCUACUGAUGAAGUCUCAGAAACACCCUCUAAUAAUAAUAAACCUACUAAGAAAGUACGUGCUCCUCGACAAUUGGAAUGCUUUAACUGUCAUGUGACUAAAACACCAUUAUGGCGUCGAACUCCUGAUCGUGCUCAUUCUCUUUGCAAUGCUUGUGGACUUUAUUAUAAACAAUAUGGAACUCAUCGACCUUUACAUGUACGACAAAAGCAACAAAUCACCAAACCUAAUGGAACUACUAUGGUUGUGUCUACACCCCCUUUGACGCCUCCUUUUGGAAAAUUGAUGGAUCCUACCAGUACUGCUUUAAUGAACAAAGAAUUGAAACCUUUGGCCAGUAAACCUUUAUUGUUACCUGCUAUUCACCAUCAUCAACAAUUACAACAAAUUCAUCCUACUGGUGUCAAACGUUCCUAUACGGCUGUUGAUGGGGAGGAGGAAAAUCUUUGGUUGGAAAACAAAAAACAAAAGGAUUUGACGGAAGAAGAUGAUCGAUUCAAAAGUCUAUUGUCCCGUAUGAACAAGGAUCAAAUGCAUGGAUUUUUGGAUAUGUUGGAACGCCGUUGUGUCAUCUUGCGCUCAGUUCUUUCUCAAGCCUAA